CAUCCAUCAAAAUGUCUGCUGAACCACAACUUGCCGCUGGUGAUGCGCCCUCUGUUGAGGAGCCCAAGUUGAACACGGAGGCCAAGCCCGGAGAGAAUGGCGCCGCGCACCCAGACGAACCAGCGCUCGACGAAAAGGAAAAAGAGGAAGAGCAGGAGCAAGAUGGCGAGGGUGACGACGGCGAGGAUAGCGACGCCUACGAUUUCGAGGAAGAGCAGCAAGCUCCUGAAGGGGAGGACGACCCGUACGGGGACGUCGAGGAGGAAGACGACCAAUACGAGCCCGCUCAGCCGAACGGUAACAAGGACAGCCUCACCGCCCUCCUCUUAGGCGACCCUACAGUUGAAGAAGUCGAACACGAUGCGGACUACGAAGAUGCUGGUGACUACGAAGACGAGGAAGAAGACGAAGACGACGACGAAGAUUACGUUGAACCGGUCACCCCCACCACCGCCAAGAAGCGCUCUCUUGACGAAGCCCUAGAAGAGGCUGCCUCCCCUCGCGAAGAGAACGAUUCGAAGAAGGUCAAGGCUUGAACACCACCCAACCCCCCUGAAAGCUCCAAAACUGACUGCGCUACUGGCGAACGUGGCUGUCGCACCAUCCGCUGACUGUUCGAAUGGAUCGGGGAUAGGGUGCCGCGGCCUUCCUCCCUCCCAGCGCUCUACUCCUCACGGAAUCUGCCGAAA